UGACCUGAAAAAAUCAUGUCUGAGGUCCAGGGUACAGUCGAGUUUUCUGUGGAGCUACACAAAUUCCAUAAUGUGGACCUCUUCCAGAGAGGGUAUUACCAGAUAAGAGCUGGACUGAAGAUUCCAUCCAGGAUUCCCCACAGGCUGUUUGCUACAAUUGCGGGACAGACAGAUGAUUCCAGCCUUUGCUCAGCCUGUGUGCAUGAAAACAACGUUUACAGCAGAAUAUUUCAGAUUUUGUACAGGAAUGAAGAGAUCAUUCUUAAUGAAUCGAUGAACUUCAGAGUACAUCUGCUUCUGGAUGGCGAAAGGGUGGAAGAUGCAUUGAGUGAGGCAGAUUUUCAGCUCAAGUUGGACUUGCAUUUUACUGAUAGUGAACAACAGCUGAGAGAUGUUCCAGCCAUCCCCAUGAUCAGCAGCCGUACACUGUGUCUUCACUUCCACCCCCAGAGAGGUCUGCACCACCAUGUUCCUGUCAUGUUUGACUAUUUCCACCUGUCAGUGAUAUCCGUCACGGUGCAUGCGUCACUGGUAGCAUUACACCAGCCUCUGAUCAGUUUUGCUCGUCCAGGGAAAGGUUCAUGGCUUGGUAAAGGCAACUUGGAUACAGGACCAGACCAAUCCAGUAUGUCAUUAGAAAAUCUUGUGUUUGGAGCAGGCUACUGCAAACCCACUUCAUCAGAGGGAAGUUUUUAUGUCCCAUCUGAAAACUGCAUGCAACAUGCAUAUAAAUGGCAUAAGGACCUCUGUCUUCUGCUCCUGAAUGCUCAAAGAGGACUUCACGUGUACUACACCCUCAUAAUGAAGGAGGUUCCUGAUUUACCACAGCUGAAGUUGGAGGAGCUACCUGUGGAAGAUACGUUAUCUCAGUUCUGUGCAGAGCUGCAGCUGUUGAGCAAUCCAGAGAAGAUAGCAGAACAGAUAAGCAAGGACCUCUCCUGGCUUUGCUCCCACCUCCUGGCUCUGUGGACCCAGUUCCUGGAGGUGGCAACACUUCAUCCUGAAGUCACAGCUUAUCUGACUCAAGAACAUCAUACGCUAAGGGUAAGGAGAUUCUCAGAAGCCUUCUUCUACACUGAACACAAUAAACUUGCUGUGCUGACGUUCCAGGAAGGCCUGAUCCAAAGUCAUGCACAGAUUUCUACAGAAAUUCGUAAUUCAGAGUACUUCACCAGCAUGCCCCCACUGCCAGCAGAAUGCCUAGACAUCGAUGGGGACUGGAACACGCUUCCUGUUAUUUUUGAAGAUAGGUACAUGGAUUUGCCUUGCAAAGAUCAGAAUUUGGAUACUUUCCCAGAUUUUGAAGCUCCUGCCAAUGCUCAAAUUGAUACAAUACACGAGAAGGAAAAUCUUGCAUCAAAUGAUGCCACUGUAGAAAUGAAAGGAGACUUUGGGAAAGGUACUUUGCUAAUACACACAGACAGGAUAAACGGGAAUCCUUGCUUGUAUAGCGAUUCCGAAGGUGCUGCUUUUGCAGCCAAGGGUUUGAACCAGCACUCCACAUCUCAGGUAUGUACAGCAAACAAAGAAGGCCAAAGGAAACCUGAAAGCAUUUAUGUUUCAAGUAAGGAAACUACUUCUGACUCAGAGCUAAGCAAUACAGAAUGCAUAUCAGAGGAGUCUAAAACAUGCAAGGAGGUUUUAUUAAAAGACAAUAGGCAUUCAGUGGGUAUUACCUCUGAAGAGAAGAAAUCUAGCAAUAAGGGUGCCCACAAAAGUGAGCCCGUGUUGAUUGUCAGUGCUCAGAUUGAGUGUGGGGCAUGCGGAACUGAUGGCUUGGAAGGCAGGACUGAAAUACAUAAAACGGCUGAAUCUGGUCAUCCUGAGAGUAAUUUCAGUUCUGAACUUGCACUGAGUGAAUUCACCAGGCUUGAAAGAACACCAGAUGCAGAUAGCAAGCCUCUGCAGCCUGUUUUGAAAGCUUUGCCCUCCCACAGCUUGGAGGUGAAGUUGUUCGCAAAAGAACAACGAACUGAGGAGUGUGAAGAAUUUACCCUGAUGUCAGGGGUCAUAAAGAGAUCCUCCUCUAUUAUAUCAGAUUCGGGCAUUGAAAGUGAACCAAGUUCAGUGGCGUGGUCUGAUGCUCGGAGCCGGGCUCUGGAACUGCCCAGUGAUCGAGAGAUCCUGCACCACUUGGUACGGAGACAUGCCAUCCACCGGAAUUCCCUGGAGGGUGGGCACACAGAAAGCAAUACCAGCCUGCCCAGCGGGAUACAAGCGUCUCUCACAUCCAUUAGCUCUUUGCCCUUUGAGGAAGAAGAGAGAGAAGUGGAGCUUACCAAACUGACUAAAUCUGUCUCAGCUCCUCAGAUCAGUAGCCCAGAGGAGACUUUGGAGGAGGUGGACAUAUCUAAACACAUUGAAGCAACCUCACAAGACUCAGGAGGAUAUUUAAAAAGCUGUAGGGAAACAGAGAAUGGAGAUGGGCAAUUAAUGAUGGAUUUUUCUAUGUGUCAGCUCACCACUGAAAGUGGGCAACUAGAACCAAGAGGACCUCCCAAACCCUCUGCCAAAAACAGUAAUGACAACAUAGGACUACAAAGGGAGGAGACAAAGGAAGAUUUCUCAGAGACUUACUGUAGUUUGGAAUGUGCAAAACCACCUGCAUGUAAUCCUCUCAGAGAUAAUGACUCUGAAUGUCAAUCACUGGAGAGCAAUGAUGAGUGCAGCUUAAAAACACCAAGGGCUAAUAAUUACUUGGACAAAAGUAUAGAUGAGUUUGAUAAGUACAUUACAGAUCCAAAGGAUACAUCUAAGCCAGACAGAUUAAAAAUAGAACAAGACUUGUACAUCAAUGUGAGAAAAACAGGAGAGGACAGUUUCUCACAAAGCAUAAAGCUGGUACCACAUAUUUGCAAUCCUGUUUCAGGUCCUUCAGAGACUUCAACAGAAUUUGGCUCAAUGCAAGGAGAAUGCAAUAGCUUUCUUGCUGAUGAGAGCCUGCUGGUGUAUGCAGAAAUGCAGGGGUUACAGGAAAUUGAGCUCAACGACUCACCUGCCUCAGCAGAUCCUGCUGCAGAAUCCUGCCAGGACAAAUAUCCUCAGGAACUUGACAACCAAGGGCAGAAACUUGUAGCUAAUGGCACUGGGUUUCACUCGGUUACAGUGGAUGGGGUAGCACUGGAAAGCAGAAAGGCUGUUGAUGUGGUUAACCUCUCUGUCUCUUGCACGGCCACAUGUCUUCCCUUUUCUUCUGUGCUCAAAGAGACCCCUGCGAUGGUUGGCUUCUCUGCAAAGCAGGCUGCAUUUCCCAUCACACGUCAGCCUCUGGGCUCUUUUGGAGUUUCUUCCCAUUCAAAUGAGGUGGAUGAAGAGGCCAAUGAAAGGAUGCUGAAUUUUUAUCAGGCCAAAGAAAAAUUUAAAAAAGAAAUGAAGAUUGAAGGAUUUCUGUACAGUGACUUAUCUGUACUAGCUUCUGAUAUCCCAUAUUUUCCACCAGAGGAAGAGGAAGAAAAUUUGGAAGAUGGAAUUCACCUGGUUGUCUGUGUCCAUGGAUUGGAUGGUAACAGUGCAGAUCUACGGCUGGUAAAGACUUUUAUAGAACUGGGACUCCCUAGUGGAAAACUGGACUUCCUAAUGUCUGAAAGAAAUCAGACUGAUACUUUUGCUGAUUUUGAUACAAUGACCGACCGAUUGUUGGAUGAAAUUAUUCAGCAUAUUCAGUUGUAUAACCUCUCCAUAUCCCGGAUAAGUUUUAUUGGACAUUCCCUUGGUAAUGUCAUCAUCCGAUCUGUACUAACUCGCCCCAGGUUUCGCUAUUACCUCAGCAAGCUGCAUACCUUCCUGUCCCUCUCUGGGCCUCACCUUGGAACCCUUUACAACAACAGUACUUUGGUUAGUACAGGUCUAUGGCUCAUGCAGAAAUUGAAAAAAUCAGGGUCACUUUUGCAGUUGACCUUCAGGGACAAUGCAGAUCUGCGCAAGUGUUUCCUUUACCAGCUCAGCCAAAAAACAGGUCUUCAAUACUUUAAAAAUGUUGUAUUAGUGGCCUCACCCCAAGACAGAUAUGUACCCUUUCAUUCAGCAAGAAUAGAAAUGUGCAAAAAUGCACUCAAAGACAGGCAUACAGGUCCUGUUUACGCAGAAAUGAUUAACAAUCUACUUCAGCCUUUAAUUGGGGCAAAGGACUGCACUUUGAUCAGACACAACGUGUUCCAUGCUCUACCAAACACCGCCAACACAUUGAUAGGCCGAGCUGCCCACAUUGCUGUGCUGGACUCUGAACUUUUCCUGGAGAAAUUUUUCCUUGUGGCAGGACUCAACUACUUCAAAUAGUGCCUGAAGUGUGGGGUAACUGAAGCAAACCAUUUCACUGAAUGGAGGAGAAUCCCUUAGCCAAAAGCUUCUAGUAUUAGAAAUGAGAUCAGGUGGGACUUUCAGACUCUCCAUUUCCAUUUCUGUUUCCAGAAAAUAAAGUGCUAUGGCUUUAAGGCAUUCAGG